ACUGAGGGAGCAAGCAUGGCGGCCUCCAUUGCCAGGGGCUGCCGGGCUGCAAUGGCCCUGGGCUGGACCUUUCGAUGCGCCUGGGCUCUGCGCCCUGCGCCAGUCUCUGUCGCCUGUCAGGCCCUCGUGGGGCCGAGCCGGCGGCAGAUCACUGGACCUUCUGAGCCCGGCGCGUUCCAGCCACCGCCGAAACCGAUUAUCGUGGACAAGCGCCGUCCCCAGCGCCGGGAAAGCAGGUUCUUGAGUCCUGAAUUCAUUCCUCCAAGGGGAAGAACAAAUCCUCUGAAAUUUCAAAUAGAAAGAAAAGAUAUGUUAGAAAGGAGAAAAAUACUCCACAUUCCAGAGUUCUAUGUUGGAAGCAUUCUUCGUGUUACUACUGCUGACCCAUAUGCCAAUGGAAAAACCAGCCAGUUUCUGGGAAUUUGCAUCCAGAGAUCAGGAACAGGACUUGGAGCUACUUUUAUCCUUAGGAAUACUAUUGAAGGACAAGGUGUUGAGAUUUGCUUUGAACUUUAUAAUCCUCGAAUCCAGGAGAUCCAAGUAGUCAAAUUACAGAAACGGCUGGAUGAUAGCUUGCUAUACUUGCGAGACGCCCUUCCUGAAUACAGCACUUUUGAUAUGAAUAUGCAGCCAAUAGCACAAGAACCUAGCCAAGAAGUUCCUGUUAAUCAGCUGAAAGUAAAAAUGAAGCCCAAGCCGUGGUCCAAACGCUGGGAACGUCCAAAAUUUAAUAUUAAGGGGAUCAGAUUUGACCUUUGUUUAACUGAAGAGCAAAUGAAGGAAGCCCAGAAGUGGAGUCAGCCAUGGCUUGAGUUUGAUAUGAUGAGGGAAUAUGACACUUCAAAAAUUGAAGCUGCAAUAUGGGAUGAAAUUGAAGCAUCGAAAAAUUCCUGAUCUGAGAAUGAGUUUGGUUACUUGCAGAGGAUAUACUGACUCUCAGAGGAUUUAUUUAGAAACGAAUUUAAUCUCAUAUAUAAGGACAUAGUCAUUAAAUCAACCAAACAUUCAUUAUUUUAUGAAUAUUAUUUUAAAAAUUAGCACACCAGUUUAUUACUUUAAAAAGAAAAAUGUACAUGCCAGGUGGUCUGAUGUCCAUUCUCUUAAUGGAGGCAAAGCUACAAUAGAGUCAAACUGUUACCAGAAUGGUCUUCAUUGAGCUUGGAAUCUGAGCAAGGAAGUGGAUAGGAUGAUUUUUUAAAUUUGUGAAGUAAAUUAUAAAUUCAAAAAGCAUAUGAUUUAAAGAGUAAUAAUAAAAUGAGCAUUCAUAUACCCACCAUCAGGUUAAGAAGUGAAACAUUUGUAAUAUCUAAGAAGGUCAAGAAAUAGAGCAUUUACUAGAAUCUAAGAAGACUCUUGUGUGUUGUAAUUGCAUCCCUCCCCUCUUACAGAUGUAGGCACUAUCCUGACUUUGUGUUAAUCAUUCCUUUGCAUUUCUUUUAUUUUAUUACAUAUACAUACACUCUUAAACAAUAUAUUUACUUCUGAAAAAUCUGUUGGCAGGUAUUAAAGGGCAACAUUGUCAUUAUUACAUGAAAGCUUCAGGGAGAGCAUAAUGAAGUCUUGGGGUCAUAGUCUGGCUUCAGCUUCCAUGAGAGUUUACAAAAGUCACUUUUGAGGAAGUUCGUGGCUAAGGUCACGAGUGAGUCCUGUUAAAUAGAAGGCUCACCAGAGGGUAUCUGGAAGGGCCUAUAGUGUGCACUGCCUAAUUGAUGGUCUGACAAAAAUGUGGUCAGAGGGAGUAGACUUCUUUGUAUUUACUGGUUCUCAGUCCAUGAGGAAUUAAAUUCUAGCUCAAAGGAGUAGGUCAAGACAGUACUUCCGUAGGGUGAUGUGAGUGUCUUUGCUGAUCCUUGUAGCUGAGAUGGAAUGGAAAGCUGGCAUGUAAUCAUACAUGGUAAAGACCAACCUACAGAUAAUUAGGACCAGUUUCACCUGGGCAUGCGCAGUUCCUCAAGUUUAAGAGUACAGUACUAGCACUGAUCUUGAUGAGUGUAACCAUUAACCUGUCUCUUGAAUCAUUCUGCUUAAAUCUAUGUUCUUGUGCCUAAGCUUUUGGGAUUUGCAUUUACUCUUCUCCUGUGCUGAUCUGUUUUCUGGAUUUUUUUGUUUUCCAUUUUAUUGGCUUUAUUGUUUUCCAUUUUGGUGAAGCACACCCUUUGUUAGCUUCUAGAGAAAGUAUCAAUAUAUAGGUAAAUUUUUUGACCUUGCAUAUCUAUCAUAUUUGAUUAAUAUUUUAUAAAAUUCUGGGUGGGAGAUAAUUUUCCUUCAGAAUUUUGAAGGUAUUGCUUCAUUGUCUUAUUUCCAGUUGUGUUGAGAAAUCCAAAACCAUUUUGAUUUCUGCUCUUUGAAUGUGACUUGAAAGCUUUGUAGAAUACCUUGGUUCUCAGGGUAGUGCAGUUUCGCAGCGAUGUGCCUUGGUGUGGGUCUAUUUUUAUUCAUUAUCUUAGGUGUUUGAUGAACUCUUUCCAUGCGAUAGCUCAUAUCUUUCAGUUCUGGGAAACUUUCAGUGUUCAUUGAUUUCCUCUCCUCUGCUUCUCUCUUUCUGGAACUGAUAUUUUGAUGUUGGAUUGGAUCUCUGUUUUCCUACCCUCUCUCCAUCUCUUCUUUAGCUCUUUGAUUCAGUCUUCCAACUCUUUGCUAUAUUUUUAGAUCUCAAGAUCCCUUUAUGAUUUCUGAAAGUUCCUUUUCUUAUAUAGUACUCAGUUCUUAUUUUAUAUUCUUGUCUAUGGAUUUGUUCUGUUACCAUUGAGGAUGUUCGUGAUAGUGUUUGUGUUUGUUUUUAGUAUUUAUUUAUCUUUAUUUUUUUUGGCUGUGUUGGGUCUUAGUUGUAGCACACAGGAUCUUCGUUGAGACAUGCGGAUCUUUCGUUGGCAGUGUGCGGGCUUCUCUCUAGUUGUGGCACAGGGUCCAGGGCCUGUGGACUCCGUAGUUGUGGUGCGUGGGCUCUGUAGUUUGUGGCACGUGGACUCUCAUUAAGGCACACGAGCUCAGUAGUUGUGGAGCACGGGCUUAGUUGCCCCAUGGCAUUUGGGAUCUUAGUUCCCUGAGCAGGGAUUGAACCCACGUCCCCUGCAUUGGAAGGUGGAUUCUUUACCACUGGACCACCAGGGAAGUCCCUAUGUUCUUUCUUUUGAAAUUGUUUUUCUGUAGAAUCUGUUAACUCCAAAUUUCUUCUCAUGUAUUUAUUUCUUUUUCUAUGUUUUAGGCUUUUCUAGGACAUCUGGCAAUCCUUGGCUGUCUACUUAUGGUAGACAUACAGUGGACUAUAAAGCUGAUUAGAAGCCUUGGACUUGUGGAAGGGGUUUGCUUUAGGGUUAUCUGGGUGGGCUUUUUUUGGGUGGGCUCCUCCACAUGAAUAUCUUGCUUUGGUCAGAUUCUCCAGAGUAGAGGUUUCCAGUUUCCUUCCUGGAGGCUAAGGGUCUGUCUGCUAGUGUUCCAGUUGCCAUAUUGGAGAAGAACAGGCUUUCUGGCACUCUACAUUUUUAUGGCCAUCCUGUCCAUCCCCUCCCACACAUACAAUUUUGGCUUAGUACCCAGUGCCUGCAGUCCAGAAAACUGCUUUAACUGCUCUAGAGAAUAAACCUCUGGACUUUAGCUGGUGUGGGGGAGGGCCAGACAAGCAGUGGUGGGGAGUUGGGAACGGGGUAUCAGGAAUAUAACCUCCAAAUAGUUUUCAUCAGGUUCUCAUUAUUUUAGCCACUGUCCAGUACCCCCUGAGGUACUGCAUCUGCCGACUGGCAAUUGUGAGAGGUGAAUUGGGUUGAUUCUCAUCUUUCUCCACUGCUGGCUUGAUUUGCCUUUCUUGAGUCUGCCAGUCCAUGCAUAUGCUUUUUCAGCUUUCAAAAUUUUGUUCUGCUUGUUUCUUGUUCUGUUCUCUGUUGUGGUUUUAUAUCUCAUCCAUAUGUUUCUCAACAUUUUGUACUACUUUCAUCUUGUCCUGUUUUCUCCUUCCUUGAGGGUUUGUCUUUUUCCCUGUGGUAUAUUCUAGUGGUUAUUUGAAUAAUUCAUCUGACAAAUUAACCUAUUUAGCCACUUUCCCCAGUAAUAGAUUUCUUUUGAGAGAAAUAUUCAGAUAUUAACGCUUGGGAUUCUUAACAUUCAGUGCUACCUUGCUCUUUCACUAAAAAUUACACAGCCAUCUAACUAUUUUCAAAAAGCAAUGAAUAUACCAUCAUACACUUAUUUAGAUUACUUGCUGAGAUAGCCUCUCAAAGUAAAGUUUUAACAGCCUAUAUCCUAUAUUUUUCUUCUGUUUAACUUGUCAGAAGAGAAUCAUUAAAGCUUGUUCAUUUUUUUACCUUGAUAAACACGCUGCAGUCUUCUUGGUAGAAGGGCAGAUGAAUGGUACAUUUCGAGAUCUAAAGCUGUGCAAAUGUAUGAUUGGCUCAUAAGUACAUGUGCUCAUAACAACAAAGCAAGUAAUGUUUUUACUCUGUAAGAUUCUCUUUAAAAUUCUUGUGAAUUUUCCCUCAGAAAAAACAAAUCUUAAUACAUUAAAUUUUUUAUUGUGGUAAUAUAUAUGUAUAUUUUACCAUAAUAAAAUUGUUAUUAAAAAUGUUUAAAUAAUAUAUAUAACAUAAAAUUUAUCAUUUUAACCAUUUUUAAAUGUACAGCUUCAGUGUCAUUAAUUACAUUCACGUUGCGCAGCCAUCACCAUUAUCUUCAAAACUUUUUCAUCACUCCAGAGAGGAACUCUAACCAGUAAGUAAUAACUCCCUAUUCCUCUCUCCCCAUCAGCUCCUGGUAAGCUCUAAUCUACUCAAUUUCGAUAUGAAUUUACCUAUUCUGCUUCUUAUAAGUGGAAUCAUACAAUAUUUGUUCUUUUGUGCCUGGCUUAUUUUGUUUAAUAUGUUUUCAGGAUUCAUCCAUGUUAUAGCAUGUAUCAGAAUUUCAUUCCUUUUUAUGUCUAAAUAAUAUUCUAUUGUAUAUGUAUGCCAUAUUUUUGUUAUCCAUUCAUCUGUUGAUGAACACUUGAGCUAUUUCCACCUUUUGGUUAUUAUGAAUAUGCUGCAAUAAACACUGAUAUACAAGUUUC